GGGCUGGCGCGCCGGGGGCGGGGCCGGGAGGCUGGCCGCUGGCGCCCGUAUGGAGCUCGGGGGUCGUCGGGGCCGGGGCUCGGCCCUGGGGCCAGCCUCGGCGACCCCAGUGCUGCGGCAGGAGCGGGGGCCGGGGGCCGGGAAGCCGGGUAGCGCCGGAGCCCGCCGCUUCCUGCUCUGUCUCUACCUGGUGGGCUUCUUGGAUUUGUUUGGUGUCAGCAUGGUUGUCCCUUUAUUGAGCCUUCAUGUCAAGUCCCUUGGAGCAAGUCCAAUAGUUGCUGGAAUAGUAGGGUCCUCCUAUGGCAUUUUGCAACUCUUUUCCAGCACCUUGGUGGGUUGCUGGAGCGAUGUGGUCGGAAGACAGUCCUCCUUGCUGCUCUGCAUUCUGCUCAGUGCCCUGGGUUAUCUCCUUCUUGGAGCUGCCACCAACGUGUUCCUGUUUGCUCUGGCUCGGGUUCCUGCAGGUAUUUUUAAACACACCCUCUCCAUCUCAAGGGCUCUGCUUUCCGAUCUGGUCGCAGAGAAGGAACGGCCACUCGUCCUUGGGCGGUUCAAUACAGCGUCCAGCGUGGGCUUCAUCUUGGGCCCCAUGGUCGGUGGCUACCUCACUGAAUUAGAUGGUGGAUUUUAUCUUACAGCCUUCAUCUGCUUUUCUGUCUUCAUGCUCAAUGCUGGUCUGGUCUGGCUUGUCCCGUGGAGAGAAACAAAACGUGACAGCGCACAGCAGGGCGUGCAAAUUGUCAAGACCAGAGUACCAGCGGUGAAGACAGACUGUGGAGUGCAGGACGCGGCCACCACCGGAGGGGCCAUGGCAGGAGAGACGACUCCGCCACCACCCUGGGUGCAAGUGGCCUGGGCCCUGCGGGACAUGAAGAGCCUGGUGUUUUCUGAAAUGUGGGACCUGUUUCUGGUGCGCUUCCUGAUGGCCGUGGCGGUCAUGCUGUACUACAGCAACUUUGUCUUGGCCCUGGAGGAGCGCUUCGGGGUGCGGCCCAGGACCACGGGCUACCUCAUCAGCUAUAGCAGCGCGCUGGGUGCCCUGGCCGGCUUCGCCUUGGGGCCGAUCCUGCAGCUGUACCAGCACAAUGCGCACGCUGUGCUGCUGCGCUCCAGCGCGCUCACGUGCGCGCUGCUGGGCCUCCACGCCUCAGCCCGCACGGUGGGCGUGGUCGUCUUCUGCUCCACGCUGCUGGCCUUCUCCACCGCCAUCGGCCGGACGUGCAUCACCGACCUCCAGCUGACCGUGGGCGGGGCCCAGGCCAGCGGCACCGUCAUCGGCGUGGGGCAGUCGGUGACGGCCGUGGGGCGCAUCGUGGCCCCACUGCUCUCCGGGGUAGCCCAGGUGGUCAGCCCUUGCGGGCCCCCGAGUCUGGGGGCUGCCUUAGCCUUAGCAGCAAUUUUCGUGAUGUCACUACACAAACCUCGCUGUAGCAGCGGUGAGAGUGAUAAAUUAAAGACGGAGUAGGAUGCGUUUGGACAACAGGAGGAGCCAACAUGGCAAGUAUGCUCAUCAGGGCCAGGGGCCAUAAUGAGAAGGCCACUUUCAGAAGGGGGCAGCAGUGCCACAGUGCGAUUUCCAGGUGGGUGUGCUGUGCUGUUGGGCUUCCACGUGGGCCCUCAGCUGGGCACACCUGCAUCUGUGGGUUGAUGCAAGUCGCAGGCCCACAUAGGAAGGGGAAGCUCAGGGCAAAGCUUUGCCAGAGGAAAUAAGUUCAACAGUUAUCAGAAGAGUCUCCUCUUCCCUUCGAACAAGGUUACACCUUUCAAGGGGAAAAAAAUCACUCACCAGCUCCACGACGUGGAAACCACACGCAGUUCUCUUAUGAAAAAAGGCAGGGUAAUGCAUUGAUCAGAUUCAGACCAUCUGGAACCUGAGUUUCCUGUUGAAUUCCACAUGCUAAAGAGGGAGAUUUUUCUGCUGUCAGAAUCCUAGACGUUGAAGAAGCUGCUUCAUUAAAAUUAGACUGUUGCUUUGUCAACAGUGUUUAAGAAUCAGAUGCUGACCUCACCCCCAGAGAAAUCUGGAGUUUAGAAAGCACCAUGGGUGGUUUCUCAUGGCGGUAGAAGGGACCACAGGGAGACCUGCUGCUCUAAUUAAAGUAAAAGCCAGAGACUGAGCUGUCUUCAUUCCCAAGUAAAUCUGAGCAUUGGGAUCCUUUUGUAACCAUGGUGUGCUGGGCUCGUCCUGCCUCACAGAAGUCGUACUCUAUAAGACUAGAAAUGGGUUCUGGGUCCCAUACACUCUGUGGUCAGUACCUCGAGCAGACUGGGCUUGCUCAGCAUCGGACUUGAAGAUCUGUUCCUGGAAAGCCUGCCUUGCAGUCGGGCUGCUUCCUUCUGGCAGGGACGAACCUGACAGUGAAGCCGUGCACACAAUGCUUUUAAGAUGGACAUUUUAUGCACAGUAAAGGUCAGGUGGCAUGCCCUGUCAGAGAGCUGGGUUCUGCAGUGUUUGCAAUGCAAGUCAUUUCCUCAUUCCUUGUUAAUUUCUUGCCUGAGAAGAGGCCAUUGAUCCACUGGGUCUGCCCAGCAAUGCUUGGGUGUUCCCUUGCUAUACACACACACACACACACACACACUAUUGAAUUAGCAGCACCCAAGGAGCCAGGGAGAGGUUAGCACUGGCUCACUGGAGACACGGGCCAGUCAUGCUCACCACUGGGAUUAAGUCAGUUAUUAAUAAAAGCUGUACAAGGGCUCCCUCAGAAACCCCCAAGUUCACAUUCCUUUGAAUCCCCUUAAUGAGUCCACUGGGAUAUUAUACUUGUCUUCAAUGCAGCACAUGUAUAAUUGUAAAUGAUAUUUGGAUACACUGAUUUGCCUAAUAUUUAUUAUUUGUAAAGCAGAGAAAUUUUUCUAGUUUUAGAAGUCCUAUAUGAAGUAAACCCAAAUAUUUAUGAAAACUCCUAGGAGAUAAGUUUUUGUUUGAAGAUCGCCCUUUUAUCCUAUCUGGCAGCAUGAGAAAUAUGAACUUUUCCUUAGGUGUUACAGUUAGGGACUUUUACACAAGCACUGAGUGCUUUUGAGGGGACCAAACUUGGAUCCAGUGCGAUGACCUUGCCCUUCAAGAGUGUAUUAGAUGUCAUGGCGAUUAGAUGCAAAAGGACAACAAAUAACCAAGGGCUUAUGCACUGGAGUAUACUUUCAGAAGAAUUCUCCAAAGAAUGUCUUUUCCUCACUUUCAGAAAUAGGCACAUUGCUUUAAAGCUUUUAAAUAUAGCCAUGUGGUUAUUGCUAAAAUCACAGCAGUUUUCUUUUUGAAGUUAAAUAAGAAAGGAAGCCUAUUAACUUAAUGAGGCUUUAUAAUUGAUGAAGACACAUGGGAAUAUUGAAAACCAAAAUUUCAUAUUAGUAUACAGGAAACACUUUUUCCGUUUUUCCACUAGUGAUUUUAGUCGUUUGUUAAUGUGAUUUUUGUUUCCAGAAAAAUAUUUUCUUACAGUUUCUCUUACAUAGCCUAAGGUUUGGCUACUCUGUGGUCCAUGGCACGGGUGCCGCUUAUAAGGCCUCCAUCCCAUAUCAAAGUGUUUGGGUUCAAGUUCCAGCUCUGUUCUCUAUUCCAGCUUUCUGCUAACGUGUACCCUGGAGGCAGCAGUGCUGGCUUGAGCAGUUGGGACCUUGCCACUCAUGUCAGAGACUGGAUUGAGUUCCGGGCUCCCAGCUUCUGCCUGGCUGAACCCUAGCAUUUGCUGGCAUUUGGGGCAUGAACCAUCAGAUGGGAACUGCCUCUCUUUGUCUCAAACAAGUAGAAAAGUGUGGUCUGUGGAAGCAGCCUCACCAUCAACCAGGAGCUUGUCGGACAUGGAGACAUCAAACUCCAUCCUAGGUCUAUCAGGGACCAUUGCAACAAGGACACCUUGCCGAUUCAUUUGCACAAUGAUGUUUGAAAAACCACUGUUCCAAUGGGUAGUAUUUGUAUUCUUUAUGGAAUAUGAGCUCAGGGAAAUUAAAUCUGCUCAAUUAA